CGUCGCGAGACUCGGUGCCGCGGCACGUCCAGUAGCGCGCUGUGGGAAAACAAAAAACCGACACCUUUGCGACGUCGCGGUUCCACGAGAGCCAUGGAUCGCCGGCUCUGUGUCCACCUGUGCUGCCUGCUGAGCGCAUGCGCGCUCGCGGCCGUGUCAGGCGCACCGAUCCAGAGCGCACCCGUGACAGGUAAAUUCUGGCACAUUUCAGAUCUGCAUUUGGACGCCACUUAUCACGUGUCAGAGGACCACAGCCAGGUGUGCUUAUCCUCCAAGGGUCAUGAAGCGUUGAACCCUGGCGAAUUCGGGGACUAUAUGUGUGACUCGCCGUACGAGCUCAUCCUGUCGGCCUUUGACUUCAUGAAGCGGUCGGGGCAGCUCACGGACUUCAUCAUAUGGACGGGAGACAGUCCUCCUCACUUUCUGGUGGAAAAGCUGUCGACUGACAUUGUGGUCCAGAUCCUCAGCAACAUGACCAGCACUAUCAGGAAGUACUUUCCGGAGCUGAUGGUGUACCCAGCUCUUGGCAAUCAUGACUACUGGCCUCAGGAUCAGUUUCCCAACUCCACUAACAAGAUUUACCAAGCAGCAGCAGACCUCUGGGAGCCUUGGUUAAAGACGGAAGCAAUCAAAACGCUAAGAGCAGGCGGGUUUUACUCCCAGCUGGUGCAGCCCGGUCUCCGUGUGGUCAGUCUUAACACCAACUUGUACUACAGUCCGAACAAAGUGACCACAAACAUGACGGACCCAGCGGGUCAGUUCCGGUGGUUGAUGGAAACUCUGGAAUCGUCGCGGCAGAACGCUGAGAAAGUUUACAUCAUUGCCCAUGUUCCGAUCGGCUACCUGCCCCAGUGUAAUAGUACAACCGCCAUGCGUGAAGUCCAUAACGAACGGCUGGUGCAGAUCUUCCGGAAGUACGGCGACGUCAUAGCUGGCCAGUUCUACGGUCACACGCAUCGAGACAGCGUUAUGGUGCUCCUGGAUGACCAAGGAAAACCUGUUAGUUCCGUGUUCGUCACACCGGCCGUCACUCCGAUCAAGGACGCAAGUGAACCUUACUCCAACAACCCGGGAGUCCGCCUGUACAAGUACGACCCCCGGAGCUUUGGCAUGUUGGAUGUUGUGCAGUACUUUUUGAACCUCACGGAAGCCAACGAAGAGCGGAAGGCCGACUGGAAGCUGGAAUACGUGAUGACGGAGGCUUUCGACAUAAACGAUGUUGAGCCGCAGAGCUUGCAGAAACUCGCCAGGAGUUUUGCAGGGUGCCGCAGCGAAGCUUUUCAGAAGUACUUUAAUCACUUCAUGGUGAGCUACGACGACACCAUUGUUUGCCAAGGGCUCUGUAAGACUCGUCAGGUCUGCGCGGUGCAGUUCCUGGACAGCGCUACCUACAGCCAGUGCGUGGAAGGGCGGCUGAGGUCACAAGGACUAGAUCAUAACUUCUUUUGAUGACGUGUGCAGUACCUGUGGAAAAUGACAGCGCUGAUGCCAGUGCUGCAAAUUUUAAAUUUUAAAGUGUAAUUUUUUAAAACAGAGCUAAAAAAAAAAUGCACUUUAUAUUUUUAACAUUCAGAUUGAAUUUGAGAUUAUAAUUAUGGAUAUGGGGGCUCAGUGUAUCUUGCAUACAGUCCUUGAUUAUAAUAAAUAGUCAAUGUAAAGGGAUUCAGAUAUAAGGUGCUAAACACUAAGAAAUAAAAUGUAAUUUCUGCAGUGGCAAAUAACUGCAUUUCAUUUGACUUUGAUUCCUUUAAAGGUCCAUGUGAUGUUUUGUACUGGAAAAAAGUACUAGUGUGCACUCUGGAUCAGUAAUACUCGUUUUGUAGUUUGGACUGAAUCUUAAAUGGGGUCGGUGGCUGUUUCAGCAUCUCUGUGUUUAAGCAUUUAAUCACCCAGGGUAGCAUGUGGUACGUAAUGCUUUGCAAUAAGAAAUUGUCAGGUUUGAAUCCCAGUCUUGCAGUUUUACGCUUGAUACUUACCCUGAAUUGAGAAAGUAAAAAUUACCCAGUUGUUCAAAAUUGUAAAAAAACAUGGUGAGUAGCUUAUAAUACGAUUCUAAUAUAUUGCUUUGGAGGUUUCAGUUUAAUACAUAAAUAAAAAUGACCUGUUCUUGUCUGGUGUACGUGGGUGGCGC